UAACCAAACAGCCCCUAAUGCAUCCUGGGAACCCUAGACAGCCGCUCUACCUGCGAUCGCGAGAAGGGCACUGCGGCGACAAAGCAAUCGGAAGAGAAGGAUGGCUUACACAAGCGAAGCCUGAGAGAAGUCAGGAUCAGCCCCUCGAGAGCUUGACGGUUCUCAUUUGCGCCUGCUGUUAUUACAGCAGGCGUUAAUUUAAAUUCUGUGAUUAUGGCAACCUUUGCCAAGCCCGAGAACGCUUUGAAGCGAGCUGAAGAGUUGAUAAAUGUUGGCCAAAAGCAAGCUGCCUUACAGGCUCUUCAUGACCUAAUAACUUCAAAGCGGUAUAGGGCAUGGCAAAAGAUCCUUGAAAGAAUUAUGUUCAAAUAUGUUGAACUCUGUGUGGAUAUGCGGAAGGGUAGAUAUGCAAAAGAUGGUCUUAUCCAGUAUCGCAUAGUGUGUCAACAAGUAAAUGUCAAUUCUUUGGAGGAGGUUAUAAAAUAUUUUAUGCAACUUGCCACCGAGAGGGCUGAACAUGCUCGAAACCAAGCACAAGCCCUGGAAGAUGCACUUGAUGUAGAAGAUUUGGAAGCAGAUAAGCGCCCUGAAGAUCUGAUGCUAAGUUAUGUAAGUGGAGAGAAGGGAAAGGAUAGGUCUGACAGGGAACUUGUUACCCCAUGGUUCAAAUUUUUAUGGGAAACCUACAGGACAGUGCUUGAAAUUCUAAGGAACAAUUCUAAGUUGGAGGCUUUAUAUGCUAUGACAGCACACCGAGCAUUCCAGUUCUGCAAGCAAUACAAAAGGGCAACUGAAUUUCGCAGGUUAUGUGAGAUAAUACGAAAUCAUCUGGCAAAUCUAAAUAAGUAUCGAGAUCAAAGGGAUAGGCCUGAUCUAUCAGCCCCUGAAAGCUUGCAGCUUUACCUAGAUACUAGAGUAGACCAGCUAAAGAUAGCCACUAAUCUAGAACUAUGGCAGGAAGCGUUUCGUUCAGUGGAGGAUAUUCAUGGUUUAAUGAGCUUGGUUAAAAAGCAUCCAAAGCCUUCAUUGAUGGUUACAUAUUAUGCUAAGUUAGCAGAAAUUUUUUGGGUUUCAGAGAGUCACCUUUACCAUGCUUAUGCAUGGCUUAAGUUGUUUAUCCUUCAGAGAAGUUAUAAUAAGAACUUGACACAAAAGGAUUUGCAAUUGUUAGCUUCAUCUGUUUUGCUAGCUGCAAUUUCGGUGACCCCAUAUGACCAUCACCAUGGCGCUUCACACGUGGAGCUUGAAAAUGAAAAAGAGCGCAAUAUGAGAAUGUCAAGCCUCAUUGGUUUUAAUGUUGAUCCCAAGAGAGGGACUAGAGAAACGUUGUCAAGAGCAGCGCUCCUUUCAGAAUUGUCUUCCAAGGGUGUCAUGACAUGCAUAUCACAAGAAGUGAAGGACCUUUACAAUCUCCUUGAACAUGAACUCUCGCCUCUUGAUCUAGCUGCAAAAGUUCAGCCUUUUCUUGCUAAAAUAUCCAAGAUUAGUGGCAAGCUCGCAUCAGCUUCUUCUGUUCCUGAAGUACAAUUAUCCCAAUAUAUCCCUGCUUUAGAAAAGCUUACUGCUUUGAGAGUUUUGCAGCAGAUUUCUGCGGUGUACCAGACGGUGAAAAUCGAGAUGCUGUCAAAGAUGAUUCCUUUUUUGGAGUUCUCUGUCGUUGAGAAAAUAUCAGUUGAAGCUAUAAAGCAUAAUUUUGUUUCAAUGGUCAUUGAUCAUAGAAAGGGUGCCAUCACUUUUAUCAAUGAGGACAUUGAGUCUGACGGGCUUUGCGAUCAUCUGAUGAGCCUUGCUGAUUCUCUUAAUAAAGCAAGGGACAUGAUUUAUCCCCUAGUGAAGAAACAGUCCAAAGUGUCUGAAAAUCUUUAUGGUUUAGCAGAAAUUGUGGAGAAGGAGCAUAGGAGGCUUCUUGCAAGGAAAUCUAUUAUUGAGAAACGCAAAGAAGAACAUGAAAGGCAGAUGCUAGAAAGGGAAAGGGAAGAAGAGUCAAGAAGGCUAAAACAGCAGAAGACAACUGAGGAGGCAGAACAGAGGCGCCUUGCUGCUGAAUAUACUCGCAGAGAAGAGCAGAGAAUUCGCCGUGAGAUUGAGGAACGAGAACUUCAAGAAGCCCAAGCACUACUUUUGCAAGCAGAGAAAGGGCCUAAGAAGAAGGGCAAAAGAGUUGCACUCGAAGGGGAGAAGGUUACAAAAGAGGCCAUUCUUGAGAUGGCCCUAAGCGAACAACUUAAGGAACGGCAAGAAAUGGAAAAGAAACUCCAGAGGUUUGCCAAAACUAUGGAUUACAUUGAACGAGCAAAGAGGGAGGAGGAGGCUCCCCUUAUUGAGCAUGCAUUCCAGGAGCAUUUGGUUGAGGAACAAAUCAUUCAUGAACGCGAGCAACUGAGGGAGAUUGAGCUUAGUAAGCAGCACCAUGUUGGUGAUCUCCAAGAGAAGAAAAGGCUAGUUCGGAUGCUGGAAAAUAAGAUUAUUUUCCAGAGAAGAAUAGAAGAUCAACGUGAUGCAGAAUACAAUCGCCUGAAGAAAGAGAGGGAGGAUAAGUUCAACCAGCAAAUAUCUAUGAGGAAACUUGAUAGAGAAAUCAAAAGGAAGCUGCUCUUCUACAUCAAAUCUGAGGAAGAGAGACUGACCAAACUUCACGAAGAGGAAGAAGCUAAAAAACUUGAAGAGGCAGAGAGACGAAAGAGGGAAGAAGCCGAACGAAAGGCAAAGCUUGAUGAGAUUGCAGAAAAGCAGAGGCAAAGGGAGAGGGAAUUGGAUGAGAAGGAAAGGUUGAGAAAGGAAGCCCUUCUUGCGAGGGGAAAUGAACCUUUGCCCAGGUCUGCUGAUUCUGUAAUUACUCCACGACCAGCAGAGCCAUUAACGGCCACCGCCACCGCAGCACCAUCUACUACCAAGUAUGUCCCCAGGUUCCGCCGCGAAAAACCAGAGGGUGCAGCUGCGGCCCCACCGCCUGAACAAGACCGGUGGGGUAGGCAUGAUGAUCGACCUCCACAAUCAAGUGAUAGAUGGCGGAGCGAUGAUGGUGGCGAUCGCAGGCCUUCAUUUGGCGGAUCAAAGUUACCCGCUUCAAACUCUUCAUGGUCUUCAUCAAGAACACGGGUUUGAUCCCUUCAUCCUCUGCAGCUCUAAUUAUCCAGAGAGAAAGGGAGAACUGUCUUUGUAGACGGCUUGUUGCGUGGAAAUUAUUUUGUUAACAGGUAGAGGUGGGACAUUUUGAACCAUGCUGGUGAUAUUGUUAUCACAUUCUAUUGCACGUCUUUGAAAUCAUGUUCUGAAUACAACUGCAACAAAAUCUUUCCGUUAGUGACCUAAUUAUGCACCUGGAUAAUAGCUGAGACCUUUCGCUGCAAUUAAAUGUGAUAAAAUUUCAAAUUUGUAAAUAAAGUUGCUUGAUUUUGUGUU